AUGCAGCGGGCAAUCAAUCACAAGGGGAGGGCGAAAAAGAAAGCAAGAAAAAAAAAGCCUCAGUCUGCCCGUCCAGACCUGCUGGGCAAAUGGCAGACCGGUGUGUACCUAAUUCCCCUUUUUGCCCUUAAACUCGGUUCAGUCCAGGCUCUCAGGUUCCACCUUGCUAGCACUGUUCGAACAGUGGCAGUGCACGUAUGCAUAUCAUAUCAUAGCAUGAUAGUGGAGAACAGGUUGACAGUGACAGUGACAGUGACAGAAUGGAUCCAUCCCAUGAGCCGCAAUUCUGUCUGUCCGUUAUCAUCAACGACAAAUGCGCCUAGGGAAUAA